AUGCAGCAGACCGGCACUCGCUUUUCGAGCGAGGCGAAAGGCCAGCAGCAAAACUCUUUUCGCAGAGCAACAGCAGCUGUCCUAACGCCAAAGCGUGUGUGCGGCGGUGGCGACUGCGCGCUCGAAGUUGGGCGCCUUUCGGGCUUGGUGGAGCAAGGCGAAAAGGUUGUGAGCGAACUCCUCGCCUCAAUGCGCGCGCUGAAGGAGCGGAACAAGGAGCUGAAUGAGCGCGACGUCUUGCGCUCCGCCGAGCUCAAAGCGGCUGACGAGCUCGGCGCGCGCGUCAGGGCGCUCGAGGAGAAGAACUCUCAGCUGGGAGCGAAUUUCGCGCGGAUGGUGGAGUUAGCUGCCACAGAACGCCAAGCGGCGCAGGAGCGGGAGGCGGCGCUGCAACAGCAGCUCUCCAAGAAGGUCGGAGCGGAGGAGGAGCGAGCGCGUGAGCACGAGGAGGCGCUCGAGGAGCUGCGGAUCAACUUGGGGUUGGAGCGGAGGAGGCGAGAGAAGGAACUGAAGCAGCAG